AUGCCUUCUCGCAGAAGAACUCUCUUAAAGGUCAUCAUUCUCGGUGACAGCGGUGUGGGGAAGACGUCUUUGAUGAACCAAUAUGUGAAUAAGAAGUUUAGUAAUCAGUACAAGGCAACCAUUGGAGCGGAUUUCUUAACCAAAGAAGUGCAAUUCGAAGAUAGGCUUUUCACCUUACAGAUUUGGGAUACAGCUGGCCAGGAGAGAUUCCAAAGCCUAGGAGUUGCUUUCUAUCGUGGUGCUGAUUGCUGUGUUCUUGUAUAUGAUGUUAAUUCUGUGAAGUCAUUUGAAAACCUUAAUAAUUGGAGGGAAGAGUUUCUCAUUCAAGCAAAUCCUUCCGAUCCAGAGAAUUUUCCCUUUGUCGUUAUAGGAAACAAGAUAGAUAUUGAUGGUGGAAACAGUAGAGUGGUUUCUGAAAAGAAGGCUCGGGCAUGGUGUGCAGCAAAAGGAAAUAUCCCAUAUUUUGAGACAUCUGCUAAAGAAGGUAUUAAUGUUGAAGAAGCAUUCCAAACCAUAGCAAAGGAUGCCCUGAAAAGUGGGGAAGAGGAAGAAUUAUACCUGCCAGACACAAUUGAUGUUGGAAACAGCAAUCAGCCAAGGUCAACAGGAUGUGAGUGCUGA